AGCAAUAACAAACAAACCUACAGUAGCAGCAAGCUAACGCAACUUUGGUAAACCGAGCAAACGGGCAGUUUCGUCUUCACAGCGGAUACACUUAGUAUCAGUUUAUAUCCUAUGAACUUUGUAUGAUAGGAUGUUGUCGGGCUUUAAAGGAGACAUAUAGUAAUCUGUCACAGACCCGACUUUAACGUAACUGUUAACGUUAUCUAACAUCUGCUAACACUAGCCAGCUAACGUUAAUCCUUUCUGUGUUGGUCGUUUUCUUGAAGAAUUACCUGUUGUCGAGAAAGUAGCUAGUUUAGACAUUGUGAAGAAAACCGAAGUUUAUCGUUUCUACACGGUGACAUGUGAGAAAACCCAGGGAAGACAGCUGGGAUAACCUGAGCGGUGCCGAUAUUAGCAGGACACUGAGUGCAACUGUAACUAACGAAGGAUGGUGCACCUAAGUGUGUGGUGCAUGGGAGCUCGAAUGAGUAUCGUUUUACUGGUUUUCUGCAGUGUACUGGCUCCGUCACCCACACAUGCCUAUAUCUAUGCUCAUCACAGCAAUAUGACCUCCAUGUUGUUUGAGGACCUACCUGCCUUGUUUGGAUAUCCGCUUCCUAAGGAUGGAUUAAUGGGAGUUUUAGUGGUGUCCCGUCCACUUAAUGGCUGUACAACAAUAGACCCUCCUCCUCCACUGCCACCGUCUUUCGAUGCCAACACCACCAAAUUCGUAGUUCUUAUCAGACGCUAUGAUUGCAAUUUUGAUAUAAAGGUAUUGAAUGCACAGCAAGCUGGAUACAGCGCUGCGAUCGUUCACAACAUGUAUUCAGAGACUCUGCUCAAUAUGAACUACAGCAAUGACACAAUUGCAGAGGAGAUUGUGAUCCCCUCAGUAUUCACCAGCUUCCACGCCUCCCAAAUGCUCAGGACUUACAUAAUUCCAGAACCAGGAGCCUACGUGAUCCUCAAGCCAGAGUUUUCUUUUCCACUCUCAUACUACUUGAUUCCCUUCACUGGAGUAGUUGGCAUGAUCAUUCUUGUGAUGUGUGUUGUGUUGGUCAUACGGUGUGUACAGUACAGAAAAAGGUUGAGGAAAAAUCGUUUGUCAAAGGAACAACUGAAGCGGAUUCCAACCCACAGGUUCACUAAAGGGGACGACUAUGAUGUGUGUGCAAUCUGUCUGGAUGAGUAUGAAGAAGGAGACAAGCUGCGUGUUUUACCUUGUUCACAUGCUUACCACUGCAAGUGUGUAGACCCAUGGCUCACACAGACCAAGAAGACGUGUCCCGUGUGCAAACAGCGCGUCACUCGGCAAAACCAGGAGCCCUCAGAGUCGGACUCCGAGGAGGAGAGUGGAGGACACAGGGAGGAAGAAGGACCAGAGGGCGAAGCAGACUCUGAACGCACUCCUCUGCUUCGGCCCUCCAACCCCGGAUCCCCGUCAGGGAGCCCAAGAGCCUAUUCUGCCACCACCACAGUGACCACUGCCCAGUGCCUCGCCUCCCCUGCAUGCUGCGACUCACCCAUCGUAGGUUAUGAAGGCUACUACUCGCCCCAUGAGGAAACAGACUCUGAAAGCGAUGACGCUGGAGAAGACAGGCACCACACUGACGAUGACACCGCUCAGCUCAUUGGUAGGGAUAGAGUGGAGGUCUGAUGGUUGGAAUUUAGCUGCAAUGAGAUUACUUGGUUCUACUUAAAAAGGGUCUUUCUAUCAUCACGUGUGCUGUUAACACACUGUAAUAGUUUUGAAGAUUUGUGGUUAGCUAAACAUUUAGUGUACCUGCCACAUUUGUUGAUUGUAACAAAAUCUUUUACCCAAUAAUCAAAGGAGGUGGUUUUAUGAGUGUCACAUGCAGCACAAGAAUUGAUCUGUUUUACCAAAAAAAUCUAAUAUUGUGGAUCAACCCACUUCAGUACGUAUUCACUCCAUAUAUCCAAUAUUUGUCUGUGGACCUCCUUUUUUAAAUGCAUGUUGUAAUUCAUAAGUUGACCACGCCACAAGACCUAACCACUAGUGCUGCACAAAACCACCGCGCCACUUUAAUGUCUCUGUAAUCUAAAGUUUCAACCAGGAGCUUUCCCCAGUUACUAAAAACAUUUUGAGGAACUCAGUUCCUCUACCUGCAUUUCCACCAGAGGGACCAGGGUCUAAAUUAAGGUCCAGGGAGAUAGUUUUACCCCCCUCCCUGCUCAGGGGUGGUACUUUCUAAAAGUACAAGAACCCAUGUGCCACUUUAUCCAUAAACAAGGAAACAACAAGGAUUUUGGACCAGUUUAGGAUAAGAUGAGCAAGAAUAAAGCAGUGAAUGAGAUAAUUAAAGUCUAAAGCACAAACACCAUCAGACACUCAAACAGCUGUUAUGCUGUGGAGAUGGAUGCUCUUAGUUUCCGUGUGAUUCAUUGCUGCAUUUCUCCAUUUCACUCAUUCAUCACAUCCAAAUUGUGCAGCAGUAAAUACCAAGAUCAGGGCUUGUUAAAACUGCCAAACGCUGCCAUCUUUGUUACAUUCCUGUAAUGUGGGUCUAAUUUGCAUGAUCUACCUGGUUCCUCAGAUGCAGUGGAAACAGUAGUGUGCUACAGGGAGAUUACUUCCUCUGGGUCCAAAGUACCUGGAAGUUUGGGUGGAAAUGGGGCUUAAUGUGCUGUUGAAAUAAGAUUAUGACUCAAGUAGAUGAAGUAGAUGAGGCCUGUGUUGCUAAACAGAAUGAAGUCUGUGCUCAUACAAGGUUCUCCAUAAGGAUUAAGGUUACUAUUGUCUUAAUCCUAAAUGUUUUAUAUCUGACAGUCCUUUUACCUAAUUUUGAAUUGUGCCCAAACAAGGACAUGAAAGGGGAAUGUUUGUCCUCAUUUUGACUUUUAAUCACUUUAGCUGUCUCGUCACAUGUUUUUAAUGCUAAGUUUCAGUUUUUUGAAAUGUAGAUAUUUCUCAAAUUUCACACUAAAACUACGCUAUGAUAGAAUAAUGUUCUGCUGCUUUUACAUUGUU